UUCGGUCUAGUUGAGCCCAACUCCCUCGCUCGUUCGGUCAUGGCGUUCCCUUCUUCCCGUGGCCGGCGUGGAGGCCGCGCCGAUCUCUACUCCACUGUCGUCGUCCAUGGAGACGACGAUGACGCCGGAUCUCAGCAGGACGCUGCCUCCUUGGAUCAGGAGGAGGAAGAUGAGGACCCCUCCCUUCCUCCCCUCCUCAAGCGCCUUCCCAAGGACUUCGGCGCCGCUGCCGACGACGACGAGAGCGAAGGAGACGACGGGAAUGAAUUAUACGGAACUUUCAUCGUGAAGCGAGAUGCUCACCCCUCGCCCUCUCCUACUGAACGGCGAACUCUCCGGUCCCCCUUCAUGGAUCUACAGCGAGCGAGCCCAAGGAGCAGAGGAGGCGACCAGGAUGACCCCUACUCCACGUUCCUGGUUCAUUCUACCGCGGCGGGGUCGAGCAUGAGCGAGUCCGUGUCCGGGACUUUUGUCCGGAAGACGGGUCGUAGGGAUGAGGGUGGGUUUGGGUCUCCUUUUACGAGCGUGGCAGUGGAAGGGGUGCGGGGAGGAGAGGGAGGAGGGUUCGUGCAGUCCCAAUGGGAGGAGUCGAAGCAGCAGCACCAGAGGAGGAAGGCGUCGGUCAGUUCGGUGCCUGACAGCGUCGCCAAAGAUGAUCCUUCAUCUAAGUAUGAAUUACUUCAUGAACUCGGAAAAGGUUCUUAUGGUGCAGUAUACAAAGCAAGGGAUGUAAAGACUUCAGAGCUUGUUGCUGUCAAAGUGAUAUCCUUGACCGAGGGGGAGGAAGGUUAUGAUGAUAUUCGUGGAGAAAUCGAAAUGUUGCAACAAUGUAGUCAUCCAAAUGUUGUUCGUUAUUUUGGGAGUUACCAGGGAGAGGAAUACCUAUGGAUAAUAAUGGAGUAUUGUGGUGGAGGAAGUAUUGCUGACUUGAUGAAUACUACAGAGGAAUCUUUAGAUGAGAACCAAAUUGCCUACAUCUGUAGAGAAGCUCUAAAGGGGCUUUCAUAUUUGCACUCAAUUUUUAAGGUCCAUAGGGACAUUAAAGGUGGUAAUAUUUUACUUACGGAACAGGGAGAGGUAAAGUUGGGUAAGCACUUACCUGAGAAAUGCUACUCUGGCUGCAUCCAUUUGAAGAUGUAUAUGCAUUGUAGCAAAAUAGUUACCAUUCAAUUUUUUAUUACCAUAUUUGUACCUGAAACAGGUGACUUCGGUGUGGCUGCCCAGCUUACUAGGACCAUGUCAAAGCGUAACACAGUUAUUGGUACUCCACAUUGGAUGGCUCCAGAAGUUAUUCAAGAAAGUCGGUAUGAUGGAAAGGUUGAUGUUUGGGCGCUUGGUGUCACAGCUAUUGAAAUGGCAGAGGGACUACCUCCAAGAUAUGCGGUGCAUCCAAUGAGGGUGCUGUUUAUGAUAUCAAGUGAGCCUGCUCCAAUGCUUGAAGACAAAGAAAAAUGGUCACUUCUUUUCCAUGAUUUUAUUGCUAAGUGCCUAACAAAAGAUCCACGAUUACGUCCAUCUGCAACUGAGAUGCUAAAGCAUAAAUUCAUUGAAAAAUGCAAUUGGGGGCCUCCAAAAAUGCUGCCAAAAAUUAAAAAAGCUAGGCAAAUAAGAGCAUCAAUGGCUGCACAGGCCCAACAUCAACAAGCAGGAAGUGAACCUAGAGUAGAAGGAGCUGUAUAUGGAGACACUGUUCCUUCCAGGCCUAUGGGUUAUCCAAUCAACAGUGUUGAAACUGAUGCAGGGGAAUUUGGUACUGUCGUAGUUCAUGAUGAAGUUGGAAACAGGGAUGAACUUGUUGAAUCUCCUAUAUCUAAGAAACCAGAAUUCAUACCUGGACUUGGUGACAUCAGUUCUUUCAAUCAUGAUCCUGGGGAUAGUUCUUUUGAUUUUUGGGUUGACAAUUUGAGUGGUACUAUAGUUACUAAAAAACCUGAUGCAGUGGAAAUGCUUGAUUCCCAACCAAUCCAACGGUUGCCGUCGUCUUCUGGUUAUGUUGAAAGAGUCAAUUCAAAUGUCGUCUUGCAGCAACAUAGUUCAGGCAAAAGUUAUGCAGUGUCUGAUAACUCUGACAAGAGCAGCACUCUGAGAAGUGCCACCAUGAACCGUAAAGCAUUUUCAGUACAAGAUAAGAUCCGGUCCAUCUAUGCUGCUGGCAAUACAGUACCUAUUCCAUUUCUUAAGGCAAUAGACAUUUCUCCUCUUGCUCUAGUCUCUGAGAAUGUAGCUGGGGAUAGAGUGCAGGAAUCUAAGUCUCAUGCUGCAUUGGAAGCAGUGAAGGAGCUUUUUAGUGGCGAUGGGCAAUCCAAAAAAGGACGUAAAGGGCAAAAUGAGAUCCAGCUUCCUCCAGGAGUUUAUCAGAGAUUGACUACAAGCCCAACAUUGAUGAAUCUAGCACAAGCACUGGCUUAUCAUAAAACGUGUUAUGAGGAUAUGCCACUUCAAGAGUUUCAAGAAGCACAAGAGAAGCAGACUAUUCAAAACCUUUGUGACACACUCCGUACUAUUUUAAGGUUAUAGAUAGCAACCUCAUGAUCUGGUCAGUGAAGGGGAGCAUGUUGGUUGUUAUUUAUGGUAGAUGACCACAUCAUAGAUUAUAAUAGAUGCAUCCCUUCAAGUUUAAGAGGUAGUGCACCCUUGUGAAUUUUUAUGGUUGCAUGUCAUGUUUUCCCAUCUUUAUCGAUAGAUAAUCCAUAACCUUUGCUCAUUCCUCUUGCUGCCAAGCAUCAUCUUUUUCCGACUAAAAUUUUUCCCCCGAUAUUUCCAUCACUGAUGAUUUCAAAUAGACUUCGUGCUGCUGUUGUGGCAAGGUGCUCGGAAUGACACCCGUAAAUCUUCACUACAAAUUGAGUAAUGUAAUCCAGUCAUUAGAUCUAAUGUAAAGAAUAGGCAUGCCCACUCUAACAUUUGAGAGCAAAGUAAAAUCUCUUGUUCAGUUUAUUUCUGCUAUUCUUGAGUAAGUUGUGGAUGAUAACUAAUAAAAAUAUUAUCUGUUAGCUGUUUUUAUUUC